CUUAAUUUUUUAAUCAAUUUAUGACAUGUGAUAUUAUUGGCCACUGUACCCUCCCAUCAUACUGAAAAGAGGUACAGUUGACCAGCUACUAUCUUGCCACAUUGCAUCUUAUGAAAACAGAGUGCCAAUAUUAAAUAUUAAUAUUCCAUAUUAAGGAAUCUGAAUACUGUUAUCUCUGUAUAGUUUUGUAAUGCUGGUGACAAUGAACUAAGGCGGGAUUGUAAGAUCCCUUGAAUUUGUGAUACCAAGGACUCUCUUUGGGGCUUAUGGCACUCAGCCUACUGCAGUCACAAAAGUGCACUUUAUAAUUCUGUAUCAGCUGGGAGACCGGUGAUGAAAGGGAGGCUGGCAUGUGCAUUUUGGUCAAAAUGUGGAUGGAGAGCUGGAGAAUGCGACAUAUGCCUUAGGAAUACUGCUGCAGAGCUUUCCUCGAGGGAAAAUACCAUGGUAGUUGUUUGUGGUAUAUGCAAGUAGUACAGUGUUUAGUUCCUCAAAUUUCUUUGUAAGCAUCACUCACAGGAAAGUUAGGUAUAAUAGCCCAGAAAUGUAUUUCUUGAUGUGGAGACUUCGUAUACCAUAUAAAGUAUUUAUGUAUAGGUGAAUUUGCAAUGUGGGUCAUCAUAUCUAAAGAGAAUAUUGGGAUGUAUCAUGAGGACUGUGGGUCUCAUAAUAGUAGCCCAAACUUCUGGCCUUGGCUUAGUGCCAGAGAUUUUUUUUUUUUCGUGAAGGGAGCAAGGCCUCUGAGAUCUGGAGUCUUGGUACCUGAAGUAUUGUGUGCAUCUUAAACUUGGUGAGGCUUUUGACAAGACUCCUUAUGUCCCAGUGCUUUCCUGCUUCUCCCCAAGUCCUCUUUACUCUGCUAGAGAAGAAAAUCAGAUUGCUUUGAUGUGAUCUGUUCUUUUUUAUGAUGUUCCUUUCUCUCUGCCUUCUUGGUGCUUGGAAAUGCUAUAUGAGUAAACAUAUAUACUUCUUAUACAGAUAAUGCCUUCCACAGCUUAAUAAUAACAAUAAAACUUUCCCAACCAAACUGCUAAAAAGCAGAGGCUUAUUAGUUCAGAACUGCAGCCAUAGCCAGCCCUGGGACUUACCAUGUCAAGCCUCCAUGUUCACUGUAUUUCAGCUAACAUUUUAAAAUCUUCUUUUUUAAUUUGUGCAAGAAAUAAUGUCAUCCCUACUACUUCUGUAUGUCCAACUUCAUAUGCACUUGAAGCACUGAUACUGAUGGAGGCUGCUGGCAGUGGCAGGAUGGAGCAGACACUGGGACUUUGUUUGCCCACCGAGCUGGCUGUACCCAUAUUGAUGUCCUGGGACAGAGCAUCCUAAAGAGGGGAAGAGACCGCAGCAAAGUACAGGAGCAUACCUGGAAACUGUUUCUAAAACCUGCAGAGAGUAACUCAGCUUUGGUUUCUACGAAAGAGAAUGAAGAGACACAAGUGGUCCUACAAAUGUCCCUCACAAAGGAAGAUCUUGAUUCUCUGUAUUACGGGAUGGCUGAUUGCACUGCUGAAGCUCCUCCAUGUCGAAAGACACUUUUUUCCCUCUAAAGGCAUUUACUUAGUUGAGCACUUCUUGAGCACUUCUUCUUAUGUUAGAAACAGAUAUUCAUACCCUAGAAAUGAGUUCCAGUAUGAAAUUAAUUGUUCGUCUAUAUACGAACAAGAUCCUCGUGAAAUUGGCAAGAGUUUAGAGAUAAGAAGAAAAGAAAUAGUUGAUUUAGCUGAUGAAGAUAUUGUAGCAAUGACAAGUGACUGUCACGUGUAUCGUUCACUUAGGAAAUACCAGCUAAAACGUGUUUCUCCAGAGGAGGAGAGUUUUCCAAUUGCCUAUUCUUUGGUUGUUCACAAAGAUGCAGCAAUGGUAGAAAGGCUCAUACAUUCAUUGUACAGUCAUCAAAAUAUUUACUGCAUCCAUUAUGACCAAAAAGCAGCCAAAAGUUUCAAAUCUGCUUUGAACAAUCUAGCUGAAUGUUUCCCAAAUAUUUUCAUUGCAUCAAAAUUGGAGACAGUGGACUACGCACAUAUUUCACGUCUGCAAGCAGAUUUCAAUUGUUUGUCUGAUUUGAUGGAGUCUCCAGUUCCUUGGAAGUAUGCUAUCAAUUUAUGUGGCCAAGAUUUCCCUUUGAGAUCAAAUUUCCAGUUGGUUGCUGAACUGAAGAAACUUGGUGGAGGAAACAUGCUGGAAACUUCAAAGCCAAGCAGCAGCAAAAGAGAACGAUUUACUUAUCACUAUGAACUUAUGAAAGUGCCUUAUGAAUACAUGCAGAUGCCUGUAAAAACCAACAUUUCCAAGAAUCCGCCACCUCAUGAUAUUGAGAUAUUUGUAGGCAGUGCCUAUUUUGUUUUAAGCCGAGAAUUUAUUCAAUAUACCCUUGAAAGCUCACUUGCAAAAGAUUUUUUUGAAUGGUCAAGGGACACAUACUCUCCAGAUGAACAUUUCUGGGCCACUCUUGUACGUGUUCCUGGGGUCCCUGGGGAAGUUCCAAGGUCAUCCCAGGAUGUAACAGACUUACAAAGCAAAACUCGUCUGGUGAAAUGGAAUUAUCUGGAAGACUAUUUGUACCCUCCAUGCACUGGUACCCACCUGCGCAGUGUCUGCAUCUACGGGGCUGGGGAAUUAAGAUGGCUUCUGAAUUACGGACACUGGUUCGCCAAUAAGAUUGACUCCAAAGUAGAUCCUGUCCUGGUAAAAUGCUUGGCAGAAAAGGUGGCAGAGCAACAGGAGGAGUGGGUAUAUUUGUCCUCUGAUGAACAUUUUCUGCACUUAAGUUCUACGAAUGCCUUGACAUAGCAGUGCUGUGUUCUCUGCUGUGAGUGUUGUGUGCUCAGCACCUGCAGUUCUGCUGUCUUGACCCACUGCAGGACGACAGUGAGAAAAAAGUCCAUUCUGUAUAACGUCCAGGACCUGCAGAGCCAGGUGCCUGGCUAUUUAUUUAUGAAAGUUCACUUCUCUCUGAUUAACUGUUUUGCCACAAUAAACUUAUAAUUGUCUUCAGGGUGAUUGGAAGAUAGUGAAGUUUGCUUAUGGAGGCUCUCAUGAUGUCUGUCCAGUGGAGUAUUUCAGAAAUGUAUUUUACUUCAAGUGUAUUUGUAUCUUUUAUAAGAAGAUCCAGCAGUUCUGUCUGCCUGUUCUCUUUUCCUUUGCUUGUGCUUUUAAAGGAAUAAAGGGAAGGCCUCUGUAUCUGCUACCUCAGGGAAACUGCAAGUGCCCAUCUCACAGAAAAAAUCAAGAGAUCAGCAUGACACCAAAUGAGCCGUGUGACCUCACCUAAGUUCCACUUCUCAUAUGUGGGAGCUGCAUAGAUCUUUGCAAUGUGAAUAUGACUGGAUUAUGUAAGGGAAAGAUCCCAUACACUGCAUUGUGUGUACCAUUGUUCUCCCUGCUAACCUGUGCGUUGCUUUUCCUGCUGCGAAGCGUGUGAUCAGGAACUGUGCCAACACUGUUGGUUUCACAAACAGUGAAAGUUAGUUGAAGCAGUUGUGCACUGUUGAAUGCACACAGCUGUGUGUUCUCCAAAGGCAGAGUACAUCCUGCCCUAAGGGCAGUCUCUGCAGCCACUUGGGGGAGGUAUCCAUGCCAAAAGAGGUCAAUCUUCUUUCUUGUCUGUGCCUGUAGGAAUAUCUUUCCGUGAAAUCCCAGUACUCUUGAGACAGUAUGUCUACACACAGUGGAUAACAAGUGCUAUUUCUACUUGCUGUUCAGCAAUGUAUUACUUAGUUGAAGUGCAGAACACACAAAAUUGAGCAGUAAUAAUAAGAAUAGCCAUACUGCAGAAAUGAGGACUCUGCAUGAAGCAUCUUUCUGUGCAAGUCCUGUGGCUGUGCACUAGCAUGAUCCCAGGCUGACAGGUGCCUGAACGGGCCAUGGUUUGGCUGUAUAACAAGAGUUCUCCAACAGCCUCUGCUUGCCAUGGCCAUGCCAAUCUCCUGGUAGGGAAGUGGCUCAGGAGCCACUGGGCUGCCACAGCAGCUGGGCUACCCACGCUCCAGCAUGAGGGAAGUGUUUGCAAGUGCAGGGGUCUCUGCAGAAACUCCUGAAACUAAGAAAUUCUGCUUGACAUUUUGGGGGUUUCCCUGGAGCAUUGCCCUGCCAUAAGUUCAGUUUUGGUGGUUCCAGUGGAUCCUGGGGUUUAGCUUUCUCCAUGCCACUAUCUCUUUUCAUCUGUCUUGUGUGAUGGGAUUCUUUCCCCAUAAGUGACUUUGGUAUAUUUGUAUCCAGUCUGACUGAUAUACAGAUUGCUACAGUAAUGACUAUAUCUCAUAUCAAUGAGAAAUCUUUGCUUGUUAUUUGAGCUGAAAGAACCAAGUGGUGUUUUGGUCUCUGUUUCUAAAUUUAAAAUACAGUAAUUUCAUGACUAUAAGGCACACUGGAUUAUAAGGCGCA